AUCGAUUUUGGUAUAAUUCAACGCAUUUUUUCCAUCAUUUCCUUCCGCCAUCUUUAUUCAAUAUUUUCACGUUUCAGAACAUCUUAUAUAUACAUAUAUAUAUAUAUAUACGUAUUUGUGUGUAUGUAGGUAUGCACCCAGCUCCAGUCCGACUGGAUUACCCACUCCGACUGGGUGACUGGUACCCAGUCGGACUGGGUAUCAGUCAUCCAGUCGGACUGGGUAUCAGUCAUCCAGUCGGACUGGGUAUCAGUCAUCCAGUCGGACUGGGUAUCAGUCAUCCAGUCGGACUGGGUAUCAGUCAUCCAGUCGGACUGGGUGUUAGCUUCCCGUAG